AUGAACAUCAAAUGUGAAGACGUCACUCUCUACAUCCCAAAGACCACCCAAGGCUCGUUCGAGAAUGAACCACCAGUCUUACUGAAAUUCAUGGUCACCCUGGUACAAGAUGCAUCCUUGGCUGGAGUACUCGGAGUUCAGUGCGACGCAGUCUUCUGCUUUGCUUGUAGACACUUCUUGGCUCAGACAGCACGUGCUGAAGAGACGUUCACUAGCACUGGAUUCUCCAACUGGAAGAAGGCACUUGGGAAGAAAGGGAAGAUCUCCAAACAUGUUGUAGCUGACUAUCAUGUCAAUGCCAUUGUUGCAUGGGCUUCCUUCAAAGAGAGUGAGAAGAUUGGCUCUAUUCUUAAACAACAGAGCGAGUCCUACAAGAAGGAGAUUCUGGAGAACCGCCACUUUAUAAAGACGGUUGGCGAGGUGCUUCUUGUGACAGGAACUCAGAAUAUCGCUCAGCGAGGCCAUCGUGAAGAUGAUGGGUCAGACAAUGCUGGCAACCUCAGGAGAAUACUGUCUUUGGUGAGUGGUCAUGACAAGGUGGUUAAAAAACGCCUUGAAGGAGGACCUCUCAAUGCGAAAUACACUAGUCCAGAGAUCCAGAACGAAAUGCUAAAAACUCUAGCUCAAAUGGUCCGUGAGCAGAUACUGAAGGAGAUUCAUGCUUCUGAACAAUUCGCCAUCUUGGUGGACGAGACUAAAGAUGUCAGAAAGACUGAGCAGCUCGCACUCGUCGUGAGAUAUCACCAUCAGGUGCAGAUCACAGAGAGCUACCUGUGCUUCAAGAAUGCUGAUGGUCUCGAUGCCGAUGAAGUCAUUGGGCUUGUUAGUGGCUAUGGACUGGACUAUAGGGUUAAUUUAGUUAGACAGGGUUACGAUGGGGCUGCAGUAAUGAGUGGAGCUGUAUCAGGUGUGGCAACGAGGAUACAAGAGGUAGCUUCUUCGGCCGUCUAUGUGCAUUGCUAUGCACAUCGAUUUAAUCUAGUCAUCGUUGAUGCCUGCAAGACGGUCAAGGAAGCUGCUAGCUUCUUCGCCCUGCUUCAACAACUGUACGUCUUUGUGUCUGGGUCCAACGUUCACCAGAGAUGGCUCAAAAUACAGGCAGCGAUGUUCCCUGGAGAGCAGCCUCGCGACCUAAAGAGACUUAGCGACACCCGAUGGGCAUGCAGAGCUGAUGCCUGUGUCGUUGUGAAGACACGGCUAAAAGCGAUUCUCCGGUUGCUAAAUCGCAUCUCUGAGGAUGACGAUGGAGAGCGUGCUGUCGAAGCUACAGGUUUCCUUGCACAAAUGGAUGAGCGGUUUGCGGCACGACUUGUGUUGAUGAGCACACUACUGCAGAAGUCCAAAUCGUUGUCCACCAUGCUGCAGCAAGAUGAUGUGGACCUGUCUGCAGCUAGCAACUUAGCUGCAGUCAUCAUUGAUGAGCUCCAGGACAUGCGGUCCAAUGACGACAACUUCUGUGAGAUCUGGCAGAAGGUGGAUGGAGUCGUAAAUGAUUGUCGGGAUGACCUCGCGCCCACCAGACGGAGACGAGCUCCUCGACCUUCAACACGCUUGAAAGGCUACCAUGUGCUGGAAGCCACUGGUCAGCAGGAGCAGGCAACCCCUGAAGUGGACUUCAAAAUUAACUUCAUGUUCCCAGAAAUGAGACGGAGGUUUAGCGACCAAAACUGCAGGCUGAUGAAGGGUAUAGAUGCCCUGACACCAUCCAGUGAAAACUUUCUGUCCCCUGAGAACCUGAAGGCUCUACAGGAAACAUAUGGGGCAGAUCAGGAAGACCUGAGGCAUGAGCUCCAUCAAGUUAAGAGGCUGAUAGAGAGAAAGGCCUCUAAAGAAGAAGCAGUUCCAAAGAGCAUGCAGGGUCUUGUCAAUUUCUUGGAGCCCUACCAGAAUGCCUUUUUUGAGCUAUAUCGACUUUCGAAAAUCGCAGCGAUCAUUCCAGUUACGUCAGCCUCAUGUGAGAGAAGCUUCUCCGCAAUGAAGCUAAUCAAGACAUAUCUUAGGAACUCCAUGGGGAAUGAACGCCUGGGCGACCUUGGCAUGUUGUACAUUGAGAGGAGGCGCACUGAAAAGCUGAACAUGGAUGAGUUCGUUGACAAGUUUGCAACAUCCCAUAAGAACAGAAGGAUCAAACUUGUGUAG